AUGAGUGAGAGGAUUGAAAAAGGUUUUGAUCAAAGGAUCUUGAAUUACAGAAUAACUUUGCAAUACAGGUUCAAGGAAAUCACUUUACGGUAUACAUCAACAGAGAGACUAAGCCACCACCGCAUGCUGUUGUAUCCUUAUCCACAAAAAUAUGAAGCCACCACUACUCCUUCACCCAAAAGCCGGUUCCAAUCUAACCACGCGGUGUGGUUAGCUGCGUUAACGGGUAAAUUUGGUGGUCACCACCAUGGUGGAUGGAUGAGAAAAAUUGAAAGACUGCUCCACUUUAUACGCCGGUGGAUAGAUGCACGCGUAUAUAAGCUUGUUUUUGGAGGUAGGAUUUGUGAGUAG